AUGGUUGGGGGUCUUAAGUCUUCUCUCUGUGGAGGUCGGCGUGUCAAGCUGGAAGGAGGAGAGACGAGUGGGGCCGAGGGCCCGGCGGAGGGCCCGGCCUUCGUGCUCCGACACAGAAACCUAAACGCCGUCGAACAGACGACAGACGGCACCCGGGAGAAAGCAGACACGCCCAGCACAGGUGUUCCAACCUGUCACCUCAGCACCGCAGAGUGCCCCUCACACACCGAGAGGGUCCCAGAGGGCGAUGACGAGAGGAGAAAAAGUGAAGAGGACGACAGAGGAAGAGAAGGGGAGGAGAAGGAGGAAGAGGAGGGGAAGAGCAGUGAUGAAGGGUUCAUGGGGAUGACCCCCCUGCUGCAGGCUCACCACGCCAUGGAGAGGAUGGAGGAGUUUGUACACAAGGUGUGGGAAGGCCGGUGGCGGGUCAUGCCUCACGACGUGCUCCCUGAUUGGUUGAAGGACAACGACUUCCUGCUUCACGGCCACAGGCCGCCCAUGCCUUCUUUCCGCGCCUGCUUCAAGAGCAUCUUCAGAAUCCACACAGAGACGGGAAACAUCUGGACACAUCUGCUAGGCUGUUUGUUAUUCCUCCUCCUGGGCCUGAUGUACAUGUUCCGGCCCAACAUGUCCUUCGUGGCCCCGGUCCAGGAGAAGGUGGUGAUCGGGAUGUUCUUCCUGGGCGCCAUUCUCUGCCUCUCCUUCUCCUGGCUCUUCCACACGGUCUACUGUCACUCCGAGGGCGUCUCCAGGGUCUUCUCCAAGUUGGACUAUAGUGGGAUCGCCUUCCUGAUCAUGGGCUCCUUCGUGCCCUGGCUGUAUUACUCCUUCUACUGCUCCCCCCAGCCCCGCUUCAUCUACCUGAUCGUGGUGUGCAUCCUGGGCCUGUCCGCCAUCACCGUGUCCCAGUGCGACUUCUUCGCCACGCCGCAGUACAGGGGGGUCCGAGCAGGAGUGUUUGUGGGCCUGGGUCUCAGCGGCGUGGUCCCCACCCUGCACUUCACCAUCAGCGAGGGUCUGAUCAAAGCCACCACCAUGGGGCAGAUGGGCUGGUUGUUGCUCAUGGCAACGCUCUACAUCACUGGAGCCUGUCUGUACGCAGCCCGCAUCCCAGAGAGGUUCUUCCCCGGGAAGUGUGACAUCUGGUUCCACUCCCACCAGCUGUUCCACAUCCUGGUGGUCGCCGGAGCGUGCGUUCAUUUCCAUGGCGUCUCCAACCUGCAGGAGUUCCGUCUCAAGGCAGGGGGGGGGUGUGCUGAGGACGACACCCUCUAACACACACUGACUCAGUCUUACACUCACACAUACACUACGGGGAACCACUGGUUCUUAUAAUAUGCACAGAAUAACACACACACAUAAAGCUAACAAACACACACACACCCCCCCUUCACCUGAGGACCAGCGUGUGUGCACACUACACAGGAGGGCCCCCCAGUGGGCGCUAUUAAAACUGACUGACCAGGGUUUUUAUUGUCUUUCUGUCCCUCUGUCUGUCCCCCCCCCUCCCUCCUCUGGCACUUUGAUUAUAAAUCCUCUCCAGGAUGGGGGGGGUGAGUUAAACCAGUUUUUGAGACUCUGCUCUUUCCAGGAAGUGUCUCUGUCUGUGUUGGGGGUGGCGAGGCAUCACAACCUCAAUAAUGCUCCGUUUCGCCUCAGUGUGAGUCUGACCUUUAGGAGUGUGAUGCUUUCAUUUGAAAAGGAUUCAUAAUUGUGGCUUUUUAAAAAAAAAAGAGGACAUUUGGGGGGGGGGGGUUUGCUGAGUACUCAAUAAUGAUAAAAGAGAUGAGUGUAUUUCUUCUGUGAUUGUGAAGGUUGUUAGGGUGGGGGUGGGGGGUAAUUGUCUCUUUUAAAAGUUAAACAAAAACCUUUUCCAUGUAAAUAAGAUUUCUAAAUUUUGGGUUAUAGAUUUGUAUGAAAUAUGUAAAAAUGCAACAAAAAAAAAACUAAUAUGAGGGCAAAAUAAAUGAAUAUGUUAAUGAGGAGGGGGGCGUGUUGUAUCUACACUUCCUCUAGCAGUCGGGGGGGGGGGUCUAUAAUACUGCAGUUGGAGGGAAGUGCUUCAUCAACAUGGUGGAGGCAGGGUGGAGACACAUAACAUCUGCAUAUAGUCUACCAGCAGCUUUAAACAUGCUGCUGUUUGUCUCUGUGGUAACCUACACCUUCUGACCUGACAACCUUAACAUAUAAUCGAGGACACAGCGGGGAGGUGGUCCUCUACCCGGUCCUCUCCUCUUUAAACCUGUCAGAUAUCAGAUCAUGGUAACAUUGUUGCUUAAAAACCAAAUCUAAAGUCCAACCAUGAUGUAAAAACAGUCCUCUGAUAUGUAGCCAUUUUCUUUGAUCUUGUGAUGUAUAGAUAAAAAGAAAUCCAUGUCACCAAAACCAGUUCAUUCUUUUCUAAUUCAUUGUCAAACAUAUCAUGGAUAACUUGGAGAUAUUUUGUAUAAACACGGCCCCUGAGUCUUAUGUCUAUCAUUCUGUUAAACUGCAGUGUAAUUACAGUGCAGGUCCUUCGGAGACCCCGUUUGGAUUGGGUUGUAUUUUAUUUAUCUGCUGCUGUUUUUGGUAUUAUUUCAAGCUUUAAUUUCUCUUUUUUCCUUUUCUAUUAUUUAUCAAUGGUUUGUCUCUUUUAGCCAUGUGAGGGGGGCACCAAGGGUCUCUCCCCUCAGAACAGUAGAGGGUCUCCUAAAGCAGGGUCCGCCUCAGAUAUGGAGACUUUGCCUGGAAAAUAAAAUAAUAAAAAAUGUGUUUCCUGCUAAUACCAAAAUCUCACUCCUGAAGAUGGAAAAACUUAAAUUCUUAGCUAAUCAUGAACUCUAUGUCUAUGAUUUAUUUUUAAAAUGUAGGUUUGUACCUUUCUAUUUGAUGGCAGCUUUUUAUGAGCAGGAAUUCAAACACAUUGUCAUAUUUCUUCUUUUCUUUUCUUUAUUCUCUAUCUCAUAUUAAUUUAUUUUCUCAUGGGGAGGGCGUUCUGUCUGUUGAAGCACACGUUCCAUUUGUGAUGGGAGUGUUUGGUUGCAAUAGAUCUUUAUAUCUGCUGUAUUGUUCUAAUAAAAGGUUUUUGAAUCUGUCA